AAGUACAAAAAAUCAAGACAGUAUCGAGGAGACAUCACUAACAUGGGCUACACAAGAAGCCUAAACAAAUUACACGGUUUAGUUCUUCAGCAGGAAAUGCAUGGCUAAUGGCCAUUAAUGAUUCUACUCAAAUAUCCCAGGCAAGAUGAUUACAGUGUUCAGAAUAGGAGCUGCCGGUUCGUACUGCUUUUCGGGAGAUCGGCCGGGCGUCUAAGUGAAUCUCUUAGGUCAUGGUAUUAAUGAUUAAACAAUAAAUACUCAGAGGAGCACCAUAGAUUUUCCGGACUAUAAUAAUCGAAGAGAGAACAUGUUAUUGCGAUCGUCCGCCUUUCUCCAUCUGCGACAGGGAGGAGGGGGCUGCAGUAUCUGCCACGUCUGCUCCGGAGAGGAUGAGAAAGAUGAAGUCAGUCUCCCUCUCUCUCUCUCUCUCUCUCUCUCUGCGAAAGCGUACUAAAGGGAGACAUCGGUGCAAAGCACUGAGAGGAGGGGGGCUGAGUGGGAUAACAGCUGGAGACCUAUGAAAAUACAUUUUUUAAAAGCUUAAAUCGUCCGCUGUUUCAGACUCGGAGGCUGAGGUGCGCAACUAUUGCGAAGUGCGAGUCCUACCGGACUUUUUCCCGAUUAACGAAACGGAUGGAAGGAAACAAACGUUUGUUUUCAUCUCGUUUGACCGUCAAUUACAUUUAAAUCCAUUAAGCGUUACUUUGAUUGCGAUCAGUGUUUCGCAGUAAUAUUAUUGUUUUUGAUAAACUGAGCAGAUUGGACGUUGAGGAACACAAAGUCCUGCUUUUAUUUUAUUACUACUAUUAUUACUAUAUUUUAUACAAGCGGAGGUGUAGUGCUCCGAAGUCAGGACGGUCGUUCCAUCCCCGGCUGCACGCCCGGUUUCGCCCCGAUGAUCCGGGGGCUGUGAUGUGGGCUUUGUUCACUUUCCUCACAGCGCCGACACCUUUUUAAAUUACAACAGAAAACCACAAACGACAAAAUCCAAAGAUUCUGCCUAGGAGAGGACGAGAGAAGAGGAUUUGCAGCAGAAAUAAACACUAUGAGCUAGAAGGCGAAAGCCGGGGAGCAGCGUCGCAGUUCCUUAAUUGCCCGUAGAAGCGCGCCUCCUCCAGCGGCUGUGCGUGCGUCUGCCCGGCGGCUGCUCUCCAUGCUCAGCGCCGGCAGGAUGGAGGACUUCGAGACGGAGGAAGAGGAACCAUGGUACGACCAACAGGAUCUGGAGCAGGACCUCCACCUGGCCGCGGAGCUGGGGAAGACCCUGCUAGAGAGAAACAAGGAGCUGGAGGACUCCCUGCAGCAGAUGUACAUCACCAAUGAGGAGCAGGUGCAGGAGAUUGAGUACCUGUCGAAACAGCUGGAGAUGCUGAGGCAGAUGAACGAGCAGCACGCCAAAGUGUACGAGCAGCUGGACGUCACGGCGCGUGACCUGGAGGUGACCAACGAGAGCCUGGUCUUGGAGAGCAAGGCAUCUCAACAGAAGAUUGAGAGGCUGACGGGCACCAUCGAGCUGCUGCAGGCUCAGGUGGAGGCGCUGACGGUGCAGGUGGAGGAGCUGCGUUCGCUGGAGCAGCUGAGAGUGCGCCGACAGAAGAGGGAACGACGCAAGACCAUCCACUCAUUCCCCUGCCUGAAGGAGCUGUGCACCGCGCCCAGGUAUGAGGACGGCUUUGUGAUUGGCAGCCCCAGGCCCCCAAGCUUGGAAGUGGAGCGUCGCCCCCUGGAGGAGGAGAACGAGCGACUGCAGGACACUGUGACAUCCCUCCGGUCGGCCGUGCGGGCAGAGCGGGGGAGGCGCGAGGGUGCCGAGAAGGAGUGCGCCGCUGUCCUGCAGGAGUUUGCGCGUCUCGAGCAGCGGCUGCAGGGGGCGGAGACCUGCCAGCUGCGCGUGCAGGAACUGGAGGCGGAGCUGCAAGAGCUGCAGCAGCUGCGCAGGGCCCGAGCUGUUCUGCUAAGCGGGGAGGACGGCCUGGCGCAGACGCUGCUCAACAGCACGCCCGAGACUGACACGCUGGAGGAAGAGCAGGGGGCGGUGCCUGGUGGGGAAGGGGGUGGGGUCAGAGGAGGGGAGGAGCUACCGACGUCCAACCCGGUGCGAAAGAGCUGCAGUGACACGGCACUGAACGCCAUCGUGGCCAGGGACGCCUCCGGCCGCCGGCGGGGGAGCUAUGCGCUGCACGCCAAUAGUGUGCGCAAGCGGGGCAUGUCCAUCCUGCGAGAGGUGGAUGAGCAGUACCACGCGCUGCUGGAGAAAUACGAGGAGCUGCUGGGCAAAUGUCGACGGCAUGAGGAGAGCAUGCGGCACGCCAGCGUGCAGACGUCCCGGCCCAUCUCCCGGGACCCCUCCAUGAAGGACUGCGCCACGCCGGCCCCGCAGCCCGCCCCCGUCCCCACCCCUGCUCCCUCCACCCCUGAAGCCAUCGAAAGCAUCAGCAAGCAGGUGGAGGCUGUGGACAAGCGUCUGGGCCAGAACACACCCGAGUACAAGGCCCUUUUCAAGGAGAUAUUCUCUCGCAUCCAGAAGACCAAGACCGACAUCAGCUCCAGCAAGGCCGGCUCCAAAGGAGCCAAGAGCAGCAAAUGAACCUCCUUCCCGUCCCUGAGCUGCAUCUCCACACUCCUGCAGCAACAUGGAUUCAGAUGAAAACAUCUGACCUCUCUUGGCCUCUCUUGGUCUCUCUUUAGCAGGGGUGUAUUUUUUUUAUGAACCAUCAUUACAUCUUUGCUGCCUUCUUCUGACUUGCAGGGAUGUCCUGACUUAGCCACAGUACGCAAAAGACAGCCAGAGCAGGAAAUGAGCCCGACUGGACACGACCAUCCCAUUCCUCCGUCUGCAGUGCUUUCAGCUUCUCCGAACCACAGUGCCGGGAAAUGCGGCGCGUUAAAGGAUCGAGACCAUUGUGGUGAACCGAAAGGGAGGUCCUGGAUGCAGGAGAAGGACCAGACACCAAUUAGAAAAGCUUUUAACCUUUUUGUUUCUCUAAGGAUGAAGGCAUUGCACUUAUGAGCUUGUAAUUUAACCCUUAAUUUGCAAACCCAAAGAGCAUUAUGAUUGGUGCAUUGGUACUGCUUCCCAAACACUCAGCUGUUAAAGCCCGUCCAAUCAGAAGGCGUGUCAGACCUUGUGUAUAGUAAAGGAAGCUUUUAGUUUGGUGUGUGCUCUCGAUACCCACGAAGUGUCUGGGUUCGAGACCGGUCGGUAGGAGGUCCAAACAUUUGAGUGGAUAUGCAUCCGUGGGUGGGGGGGCGGGGGGUUAAUUUCAGUAUAAGACGCGGAAACAAUCCUGCCUGAGGACACAAAACAAUAGCCAGGCAAUACCAUCAAAACUGUGAGGCAGACGCGAAAGGCCACAGCUUUCUUAGAUCUGCUUUGUUUUAAGAAGAGCUAAUUUUCUGUGUUUACUCCGCAGUACUGCGCUAAUGCAUAACACAGGGUGUGUGUGAAAUCUUUUUUCUUUUUCAAUAAGUAUUUUCCAUUAUUAAAAGGCCUGAUAAAUCCUCUGCCUGCUGUCUUUUCCCCCACCUGUUGAGGGGAAGGGGCUGUAGGGGGCGCUGUAGCCUUAGAAUGGUGCGGCACGAUAAACUUCUGCGACUUCAGUGAUUAGGAUCUACUCUCUACAAACUUCUCUCACCAUCUGCUUCUCUUUCCUACAAUUUGGCCAGUCUUCCUCGCUCUACAGGUACAGAUGUGGGUUCAUUUUCUGACUUGACCAUACCUAGCUUUGCCGAUGAUAGCCUCAGGUUAAAGGACAACAAAAAAAAAUCUGAAUUCACAGAACUGCGUUUAAUGUAAAUUAGCGCAGGUUCCUGCAUGAGGCGUAAACGCGGAAGCUGAGCUGUAGCGCGCUGCCCGGCGCUGAUCAGCGUGCUAAGGGAGCCGCCCCACGGCUGCUGUCGGGAAUCAUUUCGCUCCACAGGAAAAUAUGCUGCGAGGUGGUCGUCACGUCAACGAGCUCUUUUUAGCCUUAGACUACGGACAUUUUUCUACUUUUGCUCUGAACCGGCUGUCUUAGUCUCUGUUGCCGAAUCCCUGUCUUUACGAAACGUCCGACUGGGUUCCAUCUCACGUCUGAGCAGAUUUGGGUCAGAGCCGGGUCCAACUUUCUCUCAGGGUCUUAAAGGGUUGCAAGGUCAAUGAACUUAGCAAUUGUAACACUGGUUUUGAAAAAGGGAGAGAAUGUUUUGGUUCGGGAAAAGUUUGCCAAAAUGGAGCCCAGCUGAGCCUAAAAAGUGAUGCGUUUUUCUCCUCUGGAGGCAUCUUGGCCUUCCCUGCUGAGAUGUUCUCCACUUGCACUAGAAGAUGCUCUUGGCCAUCUUAUUUAUUAUUAUAGAUUUAUUGACAUGUCUUUUGUGUCAUCUCAAUAUCAGAGACUAACCUUUCAUUCCGAAUAGAUCGCCGAGUUGUUAGAAGGAAAGACUGCGUUGUGAAGAAUCUGUGGUGGCGUAUCAAAGAUUUUGAUAACUAAUGCAAACCUUUUUGAAGCUUAACUUGGUCGAACUGGCUUCGUUUUUUGUUUGGCACAUGUUGAAUCUGUAUGUUGGGUUGGUUACCAUAGUUUUAGCUUUUUUUUCCCCACUCUAGCUUUUGUCCAGAGUUACACAUGGGUUACACAUUAUGUAUAAACCAGCCUACUCAGUUCUUCCUCUGUCAAAAUAAAAAAUGUAGAUGUUAACUUCUGUUCUAUGUCAUCUUAAAUAUCUCCUUUAUCUUAUAUUCCAUUAAAGAAUUGCAGACAA